CGAGAACUCCUCCCAAAUUAUGACCAACGUCUUUGACAGUGAUGAUGAGCCCAGCAAGGACAACGGCAGCGAUGAGACCCCAACAUCACUGCCACCCACAAAUCAACACGAUCACGGCGACGCCACCACCACCAUCACCACCACCGUCCUUCCACCCGUCAUCACUUCGGAGCGGCUUCCUGAAAAGCUAUUUUCAUCAGGGAUCAAAUCUCCAGACUACGUCAAGAAACUGUCCUUUGUGGGAAACAUUCCGAUCCAACUCCCCUCCGCAUUCCUUUCAAUAUGCAAGAAUUUGACGGGGAUCCAUUUCCAUCUGUCCAGCCUGGUUGGGAUUGCAGUCAUAAAGGCGGCGGCGGCGAUGGGGGCACAAGUUUCCCUCACCUUGGACGUUCCCACGCUGAAAACCUUGGUUUUUGAUUCCUCCGGUCUGAACGAAAUGUGGGAAUCUACUGCUGCAUCUUUGCGACCUGUGACAAAAUUGGGUCACGUGUUGGAUCUUGUUAUCAAUUUCUUGGAACAAAACAACUUUCCGCACCUGGACAACCUCAUCGUCGACAGCCCACUCUGUUUGGACAAGGAGAAUGCUGUCAUCUCGUCGAUUUCUUCAUUUUUGAGCCGACAUUGGCAAUCCGUCCAAAGCUUUUGCUACCACCAAGGUUUCGUGGUGGUCUUGAGUCCUGAUUCUGAUGAGGAGGAAUUAUCCAACCCUGAAAAUCAGGUCUCCUUGUCCAAUCUCGCCUUCAGUUCUACACAGUUGAAGAAAGUCUCCUUGACAGAUCUUCAUGUUGGACUUUAUCGUCCGCAAGAGAGCGGACCCUUGUGGAUCAACUUUCUCAUCCAGCAGGCCCACUUGGAAAAGAUGAUUUUCACCGGAGAUCCAAUCCCAUUUCCAGCAAACACCGUCAAAGCCAAUCAAUCCACACUGACCACCUUGAUUUGCGAACUUCGGGACAGUGUGGACUGCGCGUAUUUGAAGGAUUGCAUUCAUUUGAGAAAGUUGAGCCUCUUGGGGAAGAACGAGGAUGAGAUUGAGGACCAAGACAUUCCCGACAUCAUCUUGGAGGCCGACGACGAGGAUAACCAUCCACACCACUGCAACAACAUCCUCGACCUCAUCUUACUUCCCGUCACUUUGGAAAACUUGAGGAUCAAUCGGCUCAAAGUUGAUGCGAAGGCCAUCACGGAAAUCAUCUGCGGAGGGAGGUGGGAUCGACUCAAACGGUUGGAACUGAUUGAUUGUGGCGUGGAAGGAAAUCUUGGCGUUCCUCUGCAAACCAUUGGUCACAUCAUGCAAGCAAAGCAGUUGACCUGGUUCCAAAUUGACUACAGUCUCAAUCGCAAAAGUGUCACGGAAAAGAAUAUCUCGGCCCCACUCCAAAUGUUGGCGUACGCCUUGAGAAACAACUCGAUUAGCAGUUUCACAAUUCAGGGUCAUCUCGACGCCAUGACAGGAGUGUACGAACCAUGCAAGUCAACUGGAUGCAAUGACGAUGAUUAUGCAGGGCCGGAAAUGGACUUGUUUCAAUUUCCGGACGAAAUCAGCCCCACCGGAGUUCACCGAAAAUCUAGUGCAGAUGAAGUGCCGGAUGAUGACCACGACUACAGCAGCAGUGGUGAUGGGAGCAGCGACGGUGGCAACGACUUUUCAUAUGAAGACCUGACCGAUGACGGUGGGGAAGCAUCGUGAGCAGUUAAGAAAUAAAAAUGAGCAACAUGGAGAUAAGUAACUCGUGUCAUCACAGAAUUGUAGUUUUUGUGUUAAAAAUAUAAAUAUUAUUGAUAUGAUUUGAACCGUUUAAAGGCAAAAUGUUUUUGUAGUAAAGGAUAAGAAUAUACACAAGAAUAUACAAACAACGAGAACAUUGUAUUGUAGGUAACACGAACCGUAAAAUUUUUAUCUUUAUCGAGUAUUUUAUAUCAUCAUGUUGUUGGUUAUCGUCAUAUACGAAACGUGCAUUUAUUACAUUAGUGUAAUGCAAUUCAUGUAAGCAGAAGAAAAGGUAGUUAAUAAGCAAAUAAACAAAGAACACAAAUUCCGAGUUCAAAUUAAAAAUAAAAUUUUGUGCGUUUAAAGAAUGUUGCAUGUCCGUUUUUUGGGUUUGGGAACAGGA